GGAGCAAUUUGAGCCCUCAUUACUGUCUGCCGGAAACGGAAAGUAGAAGAAGCUGCUUGCUAAUGUUGCUAACCAACACGGAAGCAGCAUAGCGUGCGAACUGGUAGCAUUAAGUCUACAAACGAAGACGCUCUCAGUUGCGUUGAAAGCUUUCAGGCUUGGAUCAGAGGUCCUGUGCCAUUUUCUUUUUGAACUCAUCAUUUACCUCUAUCAUGGCUGCAUCCUUGGUUUAGAGUUUUUGUCUACAUUAAGGAAUUGGAGACAGAUGGACUAAGUUUUGGAUUAGGAUAAGGAAGGAAGGACCACUUCCACAUCUAUUUGUGAAAGCAAGAAGUGAUCUUAAAGUCUGCAGGUGCCCUCAUUCUGUGUCAGCAGUGCAGCUCACUCAACCACCAUGUCUGAUGGCCGGAUCUACGUGGGGAAUCUUCCCGUGGAUGUCCAGGAGAGAGACAUUGAGGAUCUCUUCUACAAAUAUGGAAAAAUCCGUGAUAUUGAAUUGAAGAACAAUAGAGGCACUAUCCCAUUUGCCUUCGUCCGAUUUGAAGACCCACGGGAUGCAGAUGAUGCUGUCUAUGGAAGGAAUGGAUAUGCAUAUGGAGACUCCAAGCUGCGUGUAGAGUAUCCUCGAUCCUCUGGUGCUAAAUUUGGUGCUAUGGGAGGUGGUGGAGGGGGAGGAGGAGGAGGAGGAGGAGGACCUAGGGGAAGGUUUGGACCCCCAACUCGAAGAUCUGAAUUCCGGGUCAUAGUGACUGGGUUACCACCAAGUGGGAGUUGGCAGGAUCUCAAGGAUCACAUGCGCGAGGCAGGAGACGUUUGUUUUGCAGAUGUGCAGCGUGAUGGAGAGGGCGUGGUGGAAUUUCUCCGUAGAGAAGACAUGGAGUACGCCUUACGCAGACUUGAUCGUACGGAGUUCCGCUCACAUCAAGGCGAGACUGCCUACAUCCGCGUCUUCGAGGAGAGGGGUACCCCCAACUGGGGUCGGUCGCGUUCCCGCUCCAGAUCCAGAGGACGCUAUUCACCUCCCUACCAUAACAGAGGAUCACCCCCUCCACGUUACCAGUCACCUCCACGCCAUGCUAUGUCGCGCCAUAGCCCACCCCCCAGGAGACACGCUCCACAAAACCAUAGCCCACCGCCGCGUCAUUACCGGUAGAAAGGUCCAACAUUUGUAGAGGAAUUGGGGAAACUGUUUUGUAAUUCUACUUUGAUUUUAUUUUUAACCCCAGGCCUCCUCAUAGGAUACAUCUUUAUUUCUUGCUACAUACAUUCCAUGGUCAAGGUCGCCUGAACACCCUGCCCCUCCCCACCGCCUUAAAGAUUAUUUUUCAUUGUUCUUUAAACACCCAUAUGUGUUAUCUGGAAAGCAGGAUUGUUUUCUUUGCGAGGUAAAUACAUUUGAUCAUCGUAUAACAAAUUGAAGGAUUUCUUUUAUAAAGAAAUCCUGGGUUGUGAUGGCAAACCCUGGCAGGAACCAGCACACACACACACACAAUGUUGUAUUGUCCAAAACAAAUUGCACAAUUCUGCAGCUAUCAGGUUAAAGGUUGUACUGCGUCUUAACUUCUUGACAAAAGUUACCUUUUUGUGACACAUUUCUAUAGUUUUUGCCAAUCUAAGAACCCGUGGAGCCAAUCAAUAACCUCCUGAUUUCAAAACAUGUAAAAUUGGUGAGCCUUUUAGAGUAGUGACACAUGUGGACUGUGUGCCUCACCUUGUCAGAUAAUUUUUUUUUAAAAUGUGUGAACCUCUGUCCGAGGUGGCCUGUAGGUGGACUAUGAUUUGUUUGCUUCUGUUGUUUUUUUGUUGUUUAGUUUUUUCUUUACCAAUAAAAUGGAAACUUUUA